AUGAGCUACACCCAGUUUGCCUUCCCCUGGAUUUCUCUGGAAAGCAAUGCUGGAGAGGUCCCCUCCUCUCCCAGCCUCUCUCCCCAUGCCCGGUCGGGCCAUGCCCCCGGCCCGCCCCCGGCCCCGGGCGGGGCUGCCCCGUCCCCGGCCCCGGGCGUCCCGCCGCGGUCUCGCCUCCGGCCGGCUCUGGUCGUGGCCAUCAAAAGGGUGCCACGGGAGCGCGUCCGGCACUGGGGCGAGCUGCCCGAUGGCACCAGCGCACCCCUGGAGAUCGUGCUGCUGGCCAAGGUGUCCACUGGCUUCCCUGGUGUGGUCCAGCUGCUGGAGUGGCUUGAGCUCCCCAACGAUGUCUUGAUGGUGCUGGAGCGCCCGGAGCGGUGUCAGGACCUGCAGCGUUUCAUUCGGGCCCGGGGCUUCCUGCCCGAGGAGGUGGCGCGGGAGGUGUUCCGCCAGGUGCUGGAGGCUGUGCGACACUGCACCAGCUGCGGGGUCCUGCACAGGGACAUCAAACCAGAGAACAUCCUGGUAGACCUGGCCACCGGGCAGGCCAAAUUGAUUGAC